CCCGCCCCUCCCCCCGGGGCUCCGCUGCCAUUUUGCGCGCCUCGUGUUUCUGGGCCCCCCUUCAUCCCCAGCCGCGUGUGUCUCAGAUGAAAGAAAACAUGAAUCAAGAAAAACUUGCAAAGUUGCAGGCUCAAGUGCGAAUUGGGGGCAAGGGCACGGCACGCCGGAAGAAGAAGGUGGUUCACCGGACAGCGACAGCCGACGACAAGAAGCUGCAGUCGUCACUGAAGAAGCUCGCUGUGAACAGCAUCAACGGCAUCGAGGAGGUGAACAUGUUCAAGGACGACGGCACGGUCAUCCAUUUCAACAACCCCAAGGUGCAGGCGUCGGUGACGGCCAACACAUUCGCCGUGACGGGCCACGCCGAGAACAAGCACCUGGCCGACAUGCUGCCCGGCGUGCUCAACCAGCUGGGCAUGGAGGGCCUGUCCAGCCUGCGCAAGCUCGCCGCUCAGUUGCCCAAGCCAGCCGCCCUCGAAACGAAAACACCCACCGUUCCCGAGGAGAACGAGGAGGAAGACGACGAGGUUCCAGAUCUGGUUGAGAACUUUGACGAGGCCUCCAAGAACGAGGAGGUGUGAGUGUCGGCCCGCGAGGAGAUUAGGAGUGUUGAGUGAGCGUGCCGGCGGGGGGGAACCUCCCCUUCUGCUGGCUGUUGUGGCCUGAACCCUUCUCUUGGCUCUCGCCAGAAUCGUGUCAUCGGGAACCCCCCCCCCCUCCUCUUAGCAGUCCAUCGCUCAGUCGUUUGUGUUUUUUCCCACCUCUUCCCCCGAUCCCUUCCUCUGCAAAAAAAAUUUACAUUAAAAAUUCAAACAAGCAAAAAGUGCGACGACGAUGUGGAGACGAGUCAAUAAAGUAAAUUUUAAACCCUU